AUGCUUACGAAACCCCAAUUGCAGGAUUUAGUACAACGACGUAGAGAUGUCCAGGAUCUUGAUUUGGAAUGGUACUUGAAACAGAAGAACGAGAUUCUAGAGUUGAUUAUCGAAUUGAAAAAUGGUAACAGGGAUGUUCUCAAUGACGAACGCAUAAGUGAAUUAGAGAAAAAUAUUCAACUAGGUAAAAAAAAGACUGAGUUAGGAUUGGAGUUAGAGCUCAAAAAAUACCAUAUGACUUUAAAAGAGGUUGAGAAUUAUGAUAACCAGAUAAGGUCUAUAUUAACGGAAUAUAUAAUUUCAGCGGCUGCUAAGUAUAAGCAACUGAAUGAGAAAAUAGACUAUGCGAAGAAAGUAUUAGAAAGUAGAGAAAGGCUGAAUAAUAUAAUUACCGAAUAUUUCAGCAAGACCAAAAUAAUCAGCUUGUCACUCCGUGAGUUGAAAGAGCUAUUUGAAAAAGAGUCAACGGAAUUAGACAUGAUCCUCGAAUCUGGAAGACUGGUCAAGGAAGAUAAAAACGAGGCCCUGAACAACAUAUACGAAUUCAAAUUUAGUAAAAACAGUUCCUUUACCCUGUCUACUACAGAAUUGUCGUCGAAGAUCAAGGAACAAAUAGCAACAUGCAAUGAAGUGUCUGCUAGUAUUGAACACUCUAGGCAAAUAUGGAAAGAAGCAACAGCUAAAUUGAUAUCACUUCUUGAUAGAAUUGACGAGGAGGUUACUUUAUAA